GAUGUUACCUCAGUCGUGCGUAGGUGAUGCUCCUGUGAAGGCUCAUUAUUCUGUUCACGUGAUUAUUGUUGCGCAUCCGCGAGAGCCGAAAAAAAAAAUUAAGGGAGAAAAUUUUUUGGUUUCCGACUAUUUCCAUUCACAUUGAGUGGUUUAACCCUCCGGAAGCGCCCGUUGAAUUCAUUCUGAAUGACUGAAUGAGGUGAAUGGAGAGAUAUUCACCAUGAGUAAACGUACAACGAGUGCAUUAAAUUCCUGCGAGAGAAUCAGACCAGAAAGAUCAAGGAAUCCUGGUAUUCAGAGGCUAGUGUGGCAGGAUACAUCAGCCAGUGGUGCAUGCAGCAGUCGGGUACAUUUUCACGUGUAUGAUGGAAUUCAUAGUGAAGACUUUGAAGUCACCAAUCCCCGAGUCGCUCUGCGAAGAUUGUUGAGACUGUACGAGGGUAGACAGUACCGUGAGGCAGCAAAUUUUCUCGGCAAAUUGCCUCGUUACACACUGGCAUCAACACUACCAAACAUACCAGUGGACCUCGUGAUAGAGACAUUGCCCCGUAGUUUGGCACUACUCGAGACACUUUAUCAACGUUUUGGGGAUAUGGAGAAUAUUAACCAGAAUGAACUGAUUCGAUUACUCAGAGUUGACCAAGUACUUUGGAAAAUUAUUCACCUCAUAUCACAGAGCCCAGAUAAUCGGGGCCUACGAAUAUGGAGUAAAUUGUUGCUAACUUUGUCGAGAGUAAGUCCUAAUGCGCGUAUUCUGGUGGUUAAUCGGAAGAAAUCACUGGACGAGGCGAUUGAGGGACUUGGUAAACAUGGACCAAUACCGUGUCCAGUGAGAAGUGAUGAAAAACGUAUUGGACAGUCUGUGGAGACUCAUUUGUUGCCAUUGACGUCCAAACUCCGAGAAGAACUCGAGUUGCGGAUCGAUGCUUACAAACUUGCACUGCACAAGAUUGAAAACUUGGGAAAGGAUGUCAUAAGACGCUCGAAAGGAGAUCCCCAUGGACUAAGAUCUGCCUCGCAUCAGCGAUUACUGUCCCUGAAGUACAGCGAGGUACAGCAGCGGCUCAUUGACAAUCAAAGCCUGUUGAAUACACUGGAGAAGACGGUUGGACGUAAUUUGGAGGAAUUAUCGGAUGAAUUGUCAAGGCGAGUUGAACAGGACAAAGAGGCACUACGCCAAUGGACCUCACUCAGGAAGACUUCUGGUGAGAAGUUUAGGGGUGGAGAGAGCUGCAAGGAACAGCCAGCUCUCGCUUCGAGGCUACUUCAAUUUUCCAAAGCUUGUGGAUUGGCUUUGCAGUUGAUGAAUGGAGUGCCAGACUCCGUUGAAUCGACAUCCAGUUGGUGCGGUGAAUUCUUCUCAGCUGUAAUUGAGGAGGAUAGAUACGAUGUGACAGCGGCUGAAUCCAGUAGCGCUGGUUAUCACACGGACGACAGUUGCAGUCCGACACCUGAACCCACUGUGGAUUACCACAGGUGUUUGGAAAAUACACCGGAUUAUGGAGAGAACGAUGCAACGAGAGUAGUCAAGCCUGGAUUACUCGUAUCAAUUGGAGAUUCACAUUCAUUUUCCACGAUGACGGUUGUGGAUUUAACUGACAAAUAUGUUUCACUGUACAGCAUUGCACAUUUACAUACACUUGACGCAUUGGAUGCUCUGGAGCCACUUAAGGACGCCACAGAUCUGAAAUUCAAAAUUCUCUUCUCCGUUCUUGUGUUGUCAUGGCGAAUAGCUGACAGUAUUCAGAACGGACGUAAAAGGGAAGCGUCAUACAUACUGUCAGGGCCAGUCAUUGACAAUUCCCACAGCUGUCAAUUGUCCAAUGACAUUGAGUUAUCCAUGAAACGACAAUUGGCAACAACUGGAUUUGUGAGCGGUACGAACGACGUUUGUUUACGUGUUAUGACACAACUGGCCAACACACUGUACGAUUAUCCUUGCAUCGGUGAAUGCAAACAAUUACGUAAUUACUGUUUAGCAAGUGCACAACUAGCUUGGGCAUGUUUAGCAAGGGAGCAAGCCCUUGUCUUGGAUACAGUUGAGCAGCGAAAGAGAUUCAUGGAUAUCGAGUACAGGCGUGAAGUACACACACGGCAUCCAGCAUCACCGUGUCCCGAGGGCAAGAGGAUUGUCGGAGUGGUAUGGCCGGGGCUCAGACAGACAAGCCUUCAGGGACCCUGCCUAUACAGGGCUGUUGUACUCACUGCCUAGAAACUUUUACCAACGAAACUUCCGUCUUCAACUCUCUGGGCUCACCCUCUGUCUCCACCAAGCCAGUCUGCACCUUCUAUGUGCUCUCAUUUUCCAUUGUUACACGGUUAAUGCUGUAGUUGAAUGCUAGAGUUUGACUAUUCUCCUUAAACUUAUGGAACUGGGGAUCAAUUUUGCGGAGAGCACGACUCGGAUCAUAAAUACUUUGUUAAUUAAAAAUCAACAUAUUAUGUUUUUUAGGUAGAGGCAUGCUUUAGUUAGAUGAGCAUUGAGAAGUCUAAUUGACGCAUGUGGGGAGAAAGUUGCGAGAUGAAUAAUGAAGAUUUGCUUGUUAAAAUUAUACGUGACUGAAUAAAAAUCAAUAC